AUGGCAUUUUCAGGACGGUCCACUGGCUCUUCUGGAGUCAUGAGAUACCUGCGGAUACGGAAAAGUUACACUGAAGAAUUGAGAAGACUAUUUGCUUUCUCAAACUGCUUGUCCUUGAAGCCUUGGCUGUCGUACACCUCGACUUUUCGAGGAUCCUUCAUAAAUUCCGCGUGCCCAACGUCACCUCUUGCUCACCUUAGUUGUAAUCGCUUGAUGACUCAUAUUGCCUUCUCCUCACGGAAGCCGGAGAUCCUUUCUCAACCUUUCCCGGAAUUUGGCAAUCGCCGGGGUACCGAGUGCCUCAAAACACAGCCUCACCUAGCCGGCUAUUCAGGCGCAAUGAUUCUAACUAUCUCAGAACCACACCCCCAGAAUGUUGAGCUCUUGGCUGGAGCAGUGCGAAACAGGUUGAGAACGGGAGGACUCGUCACAUUCUCAUCGAUGAAUAUGCAGACACUACGUGCGUCGAAGGAAGAAAUCGGGCUCAAGAGCUUGAUUAGGUUCUUCAACAGCUUUUCUCGAAGCCGCAACAAAUCGAACAUCAGUAGCUGCAGCUGGCAAUUUCUGGGCCAGGAAGGGCUAAAGUCUGAAAUCCGAAGGCACUGCAUCGCUUCCUUUGACAACGAAGAUAUUGUGACGCUUUUGGGCGAUAGGACCAAGAGCUAUCUCCUCCCCCGGAUGCGCAGAAGACGGUUACCCCUGAAACACCUUAGAGCUCCGAAAGGGCUGCAAAACACGAGUUAUCGCAGGAUAGAAAAGCAGUUUUCCCAACAACACAUCCAACCCGUCCAACACCGUCUAUCCGAUCAAGAGCACACAAAUUCCCCGUCCCAUUCCCCGCUCGUCGUCAAAUUAAGCCCAAUGCCGUUUGAAACGGUUGAUGAGCGGGGGAGCCGUCUAAGACCCGCCCCGGGCCCCACAUACCCCCGGGCGGAGAUCACUGUGGAGACUACGGCAGUCGGGGGCAACGGGCCGGGACCAAGGCUUGCGUACCGUACCGGCAUUGACAUGAGAGCGUUCACCGAUAACAUCAGUAAGUGUCAAUCGAUCAAGCAACUUGCCUUGUCUAGCAAGCUACAAUAUCGAAUACACUCUCCUGCUUCGCUGGCUCUGCAUACGCGCGCUGCACCCAAGGUGCCGAUUACAACCUCACCGACAUCGCAGACCAUCCCUCUCAAUCCCACCCCCAACUCUCCCGUCUCCCCCAGAGGAAACGUUCCCCUCUCGUUUAAAAUGCUUCCAGAAACGCAGAGUGAGACAUUGGGAUACCACGUCAACGUACUCCAUACACUAGCCACUUCCAAGACAUGGGAAAUUCUGCCCCAUGCCAACGUGCCUAGCCCAGCCCCCCACGAAAUACUUACCUACUCCUGCAUCAACCAAGGCACAGGAAAAACCACAGAAGCCUCUCUCUCUGUCCAUGCUAUUUUGCCUCCUCCCCAACCGCCCGGCGAACAAAAGGUCCCUCCCCUCGUCGUAUGUUGCACGAGGGCACAUGACCGCGCACCAUGCAUCAGCUUCGCUUACAACGCUCACCGCCGCCGUUCACUGCUGCUCAGCGCUUGCUCGUCCAGCGAGGCGGUCCUCUCAGCUUCCAUUCCAUGUGUUCUCCGGGCUUGUGUUUUUGCCUCCAUCGUGGAUCUACAGACCGCGGGCACCCCGUCCCCAGUCUGUCCCCCCCGGUCCGCAUCCCGCCACACCUCUCCAUCGUUACACCUCUUCAACCAACCCGUGCAUCUCUUCCGCGUCGCCCCGCGCGUGCGAGUGCUAGCUAGCCUAGCGUGCCCGUCAUCUGCGGACGUUUGCUCAUGGCUCGUGCCGGCCGUAAACGGCGGGAGGACGAUGGCGGAUGGGGGAGCCUGGCGCCGUCCGAAUCACACGCGCCUAGGCCGCAUGCGGUCUGUAGGGCGGCACGGCGGUUGGGUCCAGGGGUCCAACAGCUUUUGUCGCACGGCCGGUCAUGCCGGUUUACCCUUCAUCUUUUUUGACACUAUUGUCGGUCACCGUGGCGGCGUGUGGGACGAGUACAGACGUGAUCGGAUGGUCGACUGGGGAGAUGCCGGGAUUUCAUUCAUGUCUGUGGCCCCCCUGCCCAUUACCCAAAGAGUGUUGUUCGUGCUUGAUAAGAUGCUGCGAAUCUGCCUCGUUUCGCGUUUUUGGGCGGAUGAAAGAGUCAGUUCACCUGGUUUCCCCGCCUGCCCAGAGGGAUGA